AGUAAACGCAUUCUCAUACAUCGGAGAGGCAAAAAUAUAUUGAAGAACAUCAGUGAAACGUGGACUAGUUGAAAAUUAUUGAAGGGAACAUUCGCAUUUUGUUGUGUUUACCAUUUACCAAAUGUUCAUGGCGCUUUGACUUCUAAGAAAACGUUUCGUUGAUACAUUCAGAUGUGUUCUCAUUGACGCAAUCAGCGGAUAUUUUAACACUUUCCCGGAGUCAGAUAAGACAAGGCGCAGGCGAUCAAAAUGAAGUACAAAAACCUCAUGGCCAAAGCAUUGUACGACAACCUCCCUGAGUCCCCGGAGGAGCUGGCCUUCCGCAAGGGGGACAUCCUGACGGUCAUUGAGCAGAACACUGGAGGCCUGGAAGGGUGGUGGCUGUGCUCACUACACGGACGGCAGGGCAUCGCCCCUGGCAACCGGCUUAAGUUGCUGAUUGGUCCCAUGUUCGAUGCCCAGUCCCCGGCCGCCCAGUCGUCACCUACAGGCUCAGCCUAUCAGCAGAAGGGGAUCUCAGGGGGAUCUCAGGGGCUGUACCAAGUGCCCCCCUCCCUCCACAGCCCAGGGCAGCAGGGCAUCUACCAGGUGCCUCCAGGGCAGGAUGUGUACCAGGUCCCACCACAGAGGAAUGUCCUGGCUGCAGACCACACCCCAAGCAAGGUGGUGACCCCAGUACGGGUGGGACAGUCGUAUGCCUACAGCCCUGGACAGCACAACCAGCAGGAUCUGUAUGACGUGCCUCCCAUCAGACCACAAGGGGUUUAUGACAUUCCCCCUGGGAAGAAGAUGGGAUCGCCCUAUCCAGGACCACAUGGGAAUGCUCGGCCCCAAGGAGGAGUCUACGAUAUUCCUCCGUCCACUCAAAUGGACUCGCGGUCACAAGGGGUUUAUGAUAUCCCUCCUUCUACUCAAGGGGUGUACUCCGUGCCCCCUUGCCGUAACACCCCAGCCCCCCAGGAGGGGAACUACGAUUUCCCUCAGCCUCUGAAACAACACAAACAGCCGGAGGGCAUCUACGACGUACCCCCGCCCACCAUCGCCAAACCCUCCCAAUCCAACUAUGACUUUCCUCCCAGCUCCGAGCCAAUCGGACCCCACCACCUCCAGCGCCCUGCUGCCAACGGAAACGAAGGCGUCUACGACGUGCCGCCCCCCACCCACCAGCUUUCGGGGGCGGGACCUCAGGGGGACGUUUACGACAUCCCCAGGGGGAUGCCGCAGGCCCCCUCCCAUCACCGCUCCACCCCCCAAGAGAGGGACAGAUGCAAGGGGCAGGGGGUGUACGACAUCCCGCAGCAGGAAGGCCGCGCCCUGGGCGACGUGACGGACGGGGUGAACCGCCUGUCCUUCUCCAGCACGGGCUCCACGCGCAGCUCCAUGUCCACCUCCUCCACGUCCACGGUGUCCAGCGCCGAGGGCCGUCUGGCACUGGAUGUGGACCAGGCGGUCCAGAGGCUGUGCCGCCUGCAGCAGGGCGUUGAGGCCUCGGUGGGGGCCCUCCAGAGCCUGGCCUCCUCCAGCCACUGGAGGACUUUUCCCUUCAUGGAGCGCCACGCCAACGAGGUGCGCACCGUACUGGACAGGGUGCGGGCAGCCCUGGCUGACUUUGUGGUGUUCGGCAGGGGCGCGGCGGCCAACGCCACCGCCCUGUCGGACCCCAGCCUGCAUAGUAAGCUAAGGAGGCAACUGGGAAGGCUGGAGGAUUCCCAGCAAAUCAUCUUGCAGACCUUCCAGAGCCUGGAAAACUGCGGCUGGGCAAUCAGUGCCCUGGCCACCUCCAGCGGAGCCAAGCACCAGAUGAAAAGCGACGACCUGGAUCGCUUCGUCAUGGUGUCCCGGACGGUGCCUGACGACGUCAAGCAGCUGGCCUCCUCGGUGGGGGGAAACGCAGAGCUGCUGUUCAGACGUUCGGCCGCCAUGGACGGGCCCUCCUACACCAGGGGUGGAAUGCCAGAGGAGGCUGUGGUUCACCCCCUAACCUCCCCGUCCUCAGACAACAGCGACAGCUAUGGGGGCCACACCAAGCCCUUCCCGGUUCCCGCUGGCCAAGAGAAGGGCAACUUGAACAAUAGUGAAAAAUGUGUGAAGAGCUGGAUGGAGGACUAUGACUAUGUUCACCUGCAGGGCAAAGAGGACUUUGAGCGGCAGCAGAAGGAGCUUCUUGAGAAAGAGAACAUAAUCAAGCAGAGCAAGGUUCAACUGGGACAAGAACAGAUCAACCAGUUCAAGCAGUUGGAACAGGAGGUAAACCAACCAGUGGAGAACGACAUCACACAGUGGAUCUCCCACCAGCACCCGACAACAGGCCCCUCCUCCUCCCCCUCAGACACUUCCUCCUCUCCCUCCCCCUCGUUGGCAGGAGGCGGGGUCAAGAUUUGCGGGCGGGACCGCCAGCUGCUGGGCUUCUACGGCGAGCAGUGUCAGCAGCACUUCAUCACGCUGCUCAACGCCGUGGACGCAUUCUUCGGCUGCGUGGGUGCCGGCCAGCCGCCGCGGAUCUUCGUGGCGCACAGCAAGUUCGUCAUCCUCAGCGCCCAUAAACUGGUGUUUAUCGGGGACACCCUGUCCAGGCAAGCGGCAACCCCCGAAGUGGCGAACCGGGUGAUGAAUUCGAGCAACGUGCUGUGCGACCUGCUGAAAACUGUGGUGGGCGCUACCAAGACGGCCGCGCUGCACUACCCCAACACUGCUGCUGUGCAAGACAUGGUGGACAGAGUCACUGACCUCUCACACCAAGCUCAGCAGUUCAAAGAACAGCUGCUUCAGAUGGCCGCGUUGUGAUGUUGGCAUUGUUUUCUGCUCCCGUGUGUUUCACCGUGUCUGUAUAUACCGUAUAUAUCUAUAUGUAAAUUGCUCAUUGUUGAUCCGAAGAGUUGGGGGGGGGGUUUGGCUGUUGUAAAUAGUACGUAUUUUUUCUGUCCUGUAAAUACUCGGCUCUAUUUUUGUGUAGAUUGUUUUAUAUAAUUAAGUAUGAUAUGAAUAUAUAGAUGUGAUAUCAGUGGCUUUUUAGGGUAACUCAGACUUUUUCGUAACAUUCCGUUUCAUAUAUUAUAAAGCACCUUAUGAUGACA